GCUUUUGUGUGGUGUGCCCACAUGGCUGCUGCUGACCUUGCUAGUCAGUUGGAAUGCUCUUCCAUCAUCCGGUCCUGUUUCCGUAGGGGCAUGAGUUGGCUUCAAUGGCCAAAUUCUGUUUGUGAUGCUACCUUGGAAGAAGGUGAAGAACCAAAGGUAGAAAAGCAUCCUGUUUGCACCAAAAGCUUGGAAUUGAAUGCGGAUGCACUACUUGGGCUUCUUGAUUGGGCUAAUGGUGGCUUCGUGGAAAUUCCAGCGCUGCAGAAUGAGGUGAAGUCCCUGUACCGCUUGGUGAAGUUCGACUCAUCCAACAUCACGCAUGACUCCUAUGUGGAUUCUUGGGACCUCAGGAGACUGUACACUUAUGCGUGGAGGCGGCAGCUGGAUGCAGAGAAGAGGAAGCAGCUUCCUCGGGACCUCAAAGUCAGGGAGCUCUUCAAGAAGAUUGGGGAGUAUCGGACGGUUGUCCAGGCUUUGCAGGAGGAUGAGUCACCAGGUGGAUCGCUUGGGGCUGGCGAUGAUGAUGACGAUGCCUACGUCCCUUUGCCUGGGUCUUCUUGCGAGGAGCCCCAUGUGGAUUCAAAUGCCCCACCUGUGGAAUCCAAACCUGAUUCCACUCCAUCCCCUGCUGGUGGCAAGUCCCCGGUUGAGUUGGAGGGUGAGCUGAGAGACUUAGGGUUUGUUGGAACCAUGACUCCCGACCAACAAUUGGAACUUCUUGAGCUUUUGAAGACCAUCGAUAAGUUUGAGUGCAAAUCUACGCCUUCGGCUUCACCGACAUCCGCUGCAAGCACUACCCCCUGUCCUGGUGGGGCACUUCUCGCGCUGCCACCUCCGCAGCCCAAGCCACCUGUCCCUGAUCCUUCGCAGUUGGACACUUUGCCAAUGGAUGAAGAGCCUAUUGUGGUGACUCCGAGCCCUUUGCAACCGAAGAAGCUGUUGGAGGAAACCCCAGACAAGGUUGAAGCUCCACUUGCUGAGAUCACGCCGGCAAUGCAGGCUGAGAUGCGCACCGAGAAGCGCAAGAACGUGAAACGGGGAAGGAAGAAGGGCUCAGGGAAGAAGAGCAAGCAGGGGGGCAAACUCAGAAAAAAACACAGCAAGCGAUCCAUUUUGAAAGCAGCCAGCCCAAAGAAAGCAGCCACUCCAAAGAAGUUGACUAGGGGCAAAGCCAAGAGCAACCAAACAAUUCCGGAGGAUGGUGAGACAACACCUGAUACAGCCCACCCACCAGCUAAGCGAGCACGCCGAAAGGCCACAGCAAAGUCAGAGCAUGAAAUUGAACAUGUCUUUCAGCCCAGGAUUGGAACAGGUAAGAAGUGGGCGCAUCAGGUUUUGGAAAAUCAAAAGUACGGCUGCCGAUCUUGCCGCUUCAUCUACAAUGGCUGUCACCACUGCCGAAAUCCCAAAUUUAAGGGGAAGAAUGCAGAGGCCCAACGUCAAGAGCAAGUGGCAGAGAUCGCAGCACAGCAGGAUCAAGCUGAGAACCAAGAAGAGGCAUUGGCAGAGCCCAUCGCUCCAACUUUAAGCAAACCCAGCAAGAAGCGCAAGUCCCGCAAGUCCAACAAGUGCUAGGGAACGUAGACCGUCAAACUAUGUGUACCGUGCAAAGUCAGUGGAACGGGUGUCCAGGGAACACUCGACCUGUUCAUGGGCGGUGAGAUGAAACUUGAGCCAUUUUGUGAGGGCAGGGUAAUCCUUGUCUUGGGGUACUGCGUGAUACAGGCCAUGGGCAAGAUGUCC